CUUCCCCUGCUCUAACCGGUGUGUCGGAGCGGCGCGCGAUUGGCGCGAGGUGGUGAAGACUUGUCCGCGAUUCCCACAGAGCCCGGCUCUCUCUCAGCGGGAAAGGAGCGGACGGACGAACAAGGUGAGCUCUGAAGAUGGACCUCGACUUGGUGAACAUGUUCUUCAUUGCUGGAGGCACUCUGGCCAUACCCAUCCUGGCUUUCAUGGCUUCCUUUCUGCUAUGGCCCUCAGCCCUCAUCAAGGUCUACUACUGGUACUGGAGGCGGACGCUAGGCCUGCAGGUGCGCUACGCCAACUGCGACUCGUACCGCUUCUGUUACUCGGUGAGAGGGAAGCCGGGCUCCCGACCCUCCAUCCUCAUGCUGCAUGGCUUCUCCACUCACAAGGACAUGUGGCUGUCCGUCGUCAAGUUCCUCCCCAAGCACCUACACCUGCUCUGUGUGGACAUGCCUGGUCAUGAGGGCACCACACGGACCAACGCCAAGGACUACUCCAUCGAGGGCCAAGUCCGGAGGAUACGCCAGUUUGUGGAGAGCAUCCGGCUGAAUAAGAAGCCCUUCCACCUGGUCGGCACGUCCAUGGGGGGCAACGCGGCCGGUGUGUACGCAGCUCGCUACCCCUCGGACAUCUGCAGCCUCACACUCAUCUGCCCGGCAGGCCUCAAAUAUCCAAAUGAAAGCAAGUUCCUGCAGCAUCUGCGAGACCUGGAGAAGACGACGAACGUCCAUGGCAUCCCGCUCAUCCCGUCCACCCCUGAGGAGAUGGAAGAAAUGCUGAAGCUCUGCUCUUUUGUCCGCUUUAAGAUUCCCCAGCAGAUCCUUCAGGGGCUGGUGGACGUCCGCAUUCCGCACAAUGACUUCUACCGAGAAGUCUUUAUGGAGAUAGUGGGCAUCAACUCAAGGCACUCACUACAUGAAAACAUGCACAUGAUCACAGCCCCAGUGCAGGUCAUUUGGGGGAAGCAGGACCAGGUGCUGGACGUCUCAGGAGCCUCUGCGCUGGCGGAGGCCCUGCCGGGCUGCCAGGUGGAGCUCUUGGACAACUGUGGGCACUCGGUGGUGAUGGAGCGGCCCCGCAAGACGGCCAAGCUCAUCCUGGACUUUAUGAUUGCCCAGCAGAAUGCAAACAGUGCCACCAGCAAGAAGCUGUCAUGAGGCUGUUCUCACUGCAUCUGCUAGGCGUGUGUGUGUGUGUGUGUGUGUGUGUGUGUGUGUGUGUGUGUGUGUGUGUGUGUGUGUGUGUGUGUGUGUGUGUGUGUGUGUGAGAACGAACCCGUCCACCCUCUCUGUUCCUGAAGCAGUUGUCUCUCAGGGAGCCCUGCCCCUCUUGUGGGGCAGCUGGCACCACAACCUCAGCACUUCUCCUCAGCUCCUCCUUUCAUGUGUGACAUGUUUACUCUACAGUUGUACAGUCUGACCACUCUGUCCACACCAGUGAUUAUUUCAGCUUAACUGUUGAAAAGAAAUUCCAGGAGAGAAGUAUUAGACCAGAGCCCUGGCUACGUCCACCUGUCAAUCGUGCAUAAGGCAUAGAAAUGACCACUGAGCUCCAUGACCUGUAUACACUGUUCCACAAACACACUGCUUCCUCUCUUCCACCUCCCUCCUUGUACAGUGGGCCCAAAGCAGGGGGGCUCAGCACAUUCACUUAAUGGCAGGUUUGGGCUCCAGCUAAAUCUGAGCCCCGACGGAAAGUGGACUGAGCCCCCGUUCAAAUGCGCAGCCUAAUUAAUACUUCUGCCUGCUGAAUAGCAUGUGUCACAUACAGGACCUCUUUCUCAUUUAGCAAUGGAUAGAUAUAUUUCUGUAACAAUAUUCCUUUUACAUUCACAUCUGUUUAUUUAGCUAACGCUUUUCUCCAAAGCAACUUACAAUGGAUACUAUGUAGUGUUAUCA